GGCACAGCAGGUACCAAGUGGAAGAUGAGUCCUCUCAUUUGGAUGAAAUGCCACUAAUGAUGUCGGAAGAAGGCUUUGAAAAUGAUGAGAGUGAUUACCAUACUCUACCAAGAGCCAGAAUUUCUCAGAGAAGAAGAGGCUUGGAAUGGUUUAUCUGUGGUGGCUGGAAGUUCCUUUGCACUAGUUGUUCUGAUUGGCUCAUAAAUGUUUGCCGAAGAAAGAAAGAGUUGAAGGCUCGCACAGUGUGGCUUGGAUGUCCUGAAAAGUGUGAAGAAAAGUACCCCAAAAAUGCCAUAAAAAAUCAGAAAUACAACGUCUUUACCUUUAUACCUGGGGUUUUAUAUGAACAGUUCAAGUUUUUCUUGAAUCUCUAUUUUCUCGUCGUGUCCUGCUCACAGUUUGUACCAGCAUUGAAAAUAGGCUACCUGUACACGUACUGGGCUCCUCUGGGAUUUGUUUUGACGGUCACAGUGGUACGGGAAGCUGUUGAUGAAUUUCGACGUUACAAGAGAGACAAGGAAAUGAACUCACAGUUAUAUAGCAAGCUGACAGUACGAGGUAAAGUGCAAGUUAAGAGUUCAGACAUACAAGUUGGAGACCUCAUCAUAGUGGAAAAGAAUCAACGAAUCCCAUCUGACAUGGUGUUUCUCAGAACAUCGGAAAAAACUGGUUCGUGUUUUAUUCGAACUGACCAGCUCGAUGGAGAAACAGACUGGAAACUGAAGGUUGCUGUGAGCUGCACACAGAGAUUGCCAGCUUUGGGGGAUCUCUUUUCAAUCAAUGCUUAUGUGUAUGCCCAGAAGCCACAGCUGGAUAUUCACAGUUUUGAGGGUACCUUCACGCGGGAAGAUAGUGAUCCGGCAGUUCACGAAAGCCUAAGCAUAGAAAAUACGUUAUGGGCAAGCACCGUUGUUGCUUCAGGAACUGUCAUUGGUGUUGUCAUUUACACAGGCAAGGAAACUCGAAGCGUAAUGAACACAUCCAAUCCAAAAAAUAAGGUUGGCUUGCUGGACCUGGAGUUGAACCAACUGACCAAAGCCCUGUUUUUGGCUUUAGUUGCACUAUCAGUUGUUAUGGUAACCUUGCAAGGAUUUGUAGGCCCAUGGUAUCGCAACCUUUUCCGGUUCCUCCUCCUGUUCUCCUAUAUCAUCCCCAUCAGUUUACGUGUGAACUUGGACAUGGGUAAGGCAGCCUAUGGGUGGAUGAUUAUGAAAGAUGACAAUAUUCCUGGAACAGUUGUUCGAACUAGCACCAUACCAGAAGAGUUGGGACGAUUAGUUUAUUUACUAACGGAUAAAACAGGAACACUUACCCAGAAUGAGAUGAUAUUUAAGCGCCUCCACCUAGGUACAGUGUCCUAUGGAACAGACACAAUGGAUGAAAUUCAGAGUCAUAUUAUAAACUCUUAUUCACAGGUGCACUCUCAGAACAGCGGGAACAGCACGAGUUCAACACCGUCCAGGAAACUUCAGUCGUCUGCACCCAAAGUCCGCAAGAGCGUCAGCAGUCGGAUACACGAAGCAGUGAAGGCCAUUGCACUGUGCCACAACGUGACCCCGGUGUAUGAAUCCCGGGCUGGGGUGUCUGGAGAAACAGAAUACGCAGAGGUGGAUCAGGACUUCAGCGAUGAAAAUCGAACUUACCAGGCUUCCAGCCCUGAUGAGGUAGCUCUGGUGCAGUGGACAGAGAGUGUCGGUCUCACUCUGGUUAGCAGGGAUUUGACCUCGGUGCAGCUGAAGACCCCGGGAGGACACAUCCUGACCUACUACAUUCUGCAGAUCUUCCCCUUCACUUCCGAGAGCAAGCGCAUGGGGAUCAUAGUUAGGGAUGAAUCUUCAGGAGAAAUUACAUUUUACAUGAAGGGUGCAGAUGUUGCCAUGUCCACUAUAGUACAGUACAACGAUUGGUUAGAAGAGGAGUGUGGUAAUAUGGCCCGAGAAGGACUGCGUACGCUGGUCGUUGCCAAAAAAUCGCUGACUGAAGAACAGUAUCAAGAUUUUGAGAGUCGAUAUAACCAAGCGAAGUUGAGCAUACACGAUAGAAACCUGAAGGUUGCUGCUGUUGUAGAGAGUUUGGAGCGAGAAAUGGAAUUGCUGUGUCUCACUGGAGUAGAAGAUCAGCUGCAAGCAGAUGUUAGACCAACUCUAGAGAUGCUAAGAAAUGCUGGAAUAAAGAUAUGGAUGUUAACAGGAGAUAAACUGGAGACAGCAACUUGCAUUGCGAAAAGUUCUCACUUAGUGUCUAGGACUCAAGACAUUCACAUUUUCAGACCUGUUACCACUCGAGGAGAGGCUCACUUAGAACUAAAUGCCUUUAGGAGGAAGCAUGACUGUGCCUUGGUGAUAUCUGGGGACUCACUUGAGGUUUGUCUGAAGUAUUAUGAGCAUGAAUUUGUCGAGUUGGCUUGUCAGUGUCCUGCUGUAGUGUGCUGCCGAUGUUCUCCCACCCAAAAAGCCCAUAUUGUGAAGCUGUUACAGCACCACACUGGAAAACGCACGUGUGCAAUAGGUGAUGGAGGAAACGAUGUCAGCAUGAUCCAAGCAGCAGACUGUGGAAUCGGAAUUGAAGGCAAGGAGGGAAAACAAGCUUCCCUAGCAGCUGACUUCUCUAUCACACAGUUUAAACACAUAGGCAGGCUGCUGAUGGUACAUGGUCGAAACAGUUACAAGAGAUCAGCAGCACUUGGUCAAUUUGUCAUGCACCGAGGCCUUAUUAUUUCAACUAUGCAGGCUGUAUUUUCAUCAGUCUUCUAUUUUGCAUCUGUUCCCUUGUACCAAGGAUUCCUAAUGGUAGGGUAUGCAACCAUAUAUACUAUGUUUCCAGUCUUCUCUCUAGUAUUGGAUCAGGAUGUGAAGCCAGAAAUGGCAUUGCUAUAUCCAGAACUUUAUAAGGAUCUCACAAAGGGAAGAUCUUUAUCGUUUAAGACCUUCCUCAUCUGGGUUUUAAUCAGUAUUUACCAAGGUGGUAUUCUGAUGUAUGGAGCCCUGCUGCUUUUUGAAUCCGAAUUUGUACACGUCGUUGCCAUUUCCUUCACCGCCCUAAUCUUGACUGAGCUCUUGAUGGUUGCACUGACCAUACGAACGUGGCACUGGUUAAUGGUGGUGGCUGAAUUCCUCAGUCUUGGCUGCUAUGUGGCCUCUCUUGCAUUUCUAAAUGAAUACUUUGGUAUAGGCAGAGUGUCUUUUGGAGCUUUCUUAGAUGUUGCCUUUAUCACAACUGUGACCUUCCUGUGGAAAGUGUCAGCAAUCACUGUUGUAAGCUGUCUUCCACUUUACAUUCUCAAGUACUUGAAGCGCAAAUUCUCUCCUCCAAGUUACUCCAAGCUUACCUCGUAGAAGUAGUUACAUUCCUAUGGUUUUUCACUCACGCCAGUCUGCAGAUUGCACAUUCACUGUGCUUUAGUGUCUAUGGGUUUAUGUUGGACUAAAGAAAAUUAAAAAAUUAAAUUUAAAAAAAAAAAUCAAGAGUGAUAGUGAAUAGAGCACAAAAAGAGGAGGAAACAUCUGACAGGGACAAUAACAUGGA